AGCCUGAGAACCAGAGCCCCCAAGUUGUCCUCCUCACACCCCCUCCUGCCAAUCCACCUCUGCAAAGUGCCACAGACACUCCAAUUGGUGCCCCCCCCCAACACACACGCCUUUCUUUUGGACAGGAGAAUCCGGCAGCAGAGAGGUCGAAAUGGCACCGAGUGGCCCGUCGAGCCUCUACCCUGGCAUGCCGAGGGAGACCCCGGCUUUGGGGAGCCUCUCCUCUGCCAUCGGGCUCCUGAGGAGGAAGCUGCAAGCCAAGCAGGGGGCUCCACACCAGCUCAGCGGCCCCCAGCUGCUUCUGGAUCCGGACGCCAAGCCACCUUGUGGAGGAGGAGCCUGCCAGUCCCCGGGCACACCUGGGCAAGGGGCGCCAGAAAGGUGGGAGCCACAUCGAGGCCUCUGCUGCAGGAAGCUGUGCCCUCAGGGGCCGGACCGGGAAUACCCCGCCGAGCAGACAGGCGACCGGUGGCUCUUCCUCUCCUCUGUGCCGCCCCCGCCCCCGCCCCCUCUCCCUCUCAGCCAGCCACCCAAGGACUUUGCCAGCAGCUCCGGGGGAGACUUUGCGCUGGCCAGGUGGGGAUUCUUGCCCAGCGGGGUCUUCCUGAUGUCGGCCAAGCUGGGCAAGGACAGAGAGGCCCAGCCACCGCUGCCCCUGCCCCCCAACAUCUGCAUCCUGACGCUGGCCAUGAUGAUCGCAGGCAUUCCCACGGUCCCCGUGCCGGGCGUGCGGGAGGAAGACAUGGUCCACGCUGCCCAGUGCUUUGUGGCAGAGAACCUGGAGCCUGGCAACGGCCAAGUGGAGGCAGCACAGAGGAGGAGGAGGAGGUGGGAUGCGAUGCAGCGCCUGGGGCCUUCCUGCAAGAGAGGGGACAAGCAGAGGAAGAGGGCCACCCACAGGAGCCUCCUGCCUCUGUUCCUGGCGCAGCUGGAGAAGUGA